UAGGUUUGUUAAACAGUAAUGCACAUCCAGUUACACGUACAGCGGCAAUUGCAAGUAAGAAUUAUAUACAUCUAUGUAUUAUAUUUUAUAUAUUAUGAUAUCACUUUUAUAGAUAUCGAUGGUGUAGCAGUAUUGGAUACGGUUGCAAAAAGUGGAUUGCGUGAAAGUAUGUAUUUAUAUAGUAAAUAUAUCAUGUUUAAUUAAAAAUUUUAUUAUAGGUGAUAACAACGCGUUUGAUGAUAAUUUAAUGUAUGAAGACAGUAGUGAUGGCUAUUGUAUUGAUGUGUUGGAUAAGGUCGAACAUAAUGAAAUGUGUAAAAGUAUGUUAUAUUAAAUAUGUAUAUCUUGAAUCACCAAUUUAUUUAUUUUUUUUUUUUUUUUUUUUUUUUAGGCAAUAACAAUAUUACAUUUGAAGACGACAAUGAUUGUUAUUGUAUUGAUGUAUUAGAUAAAGCGGAAUAUAAUGGAUUAUGCAAAAGUAUUAUAUAUUUAUAUAAUAUCAUAAAUAUAUAUUGAUUUUAUUUAUUUUUUUUUUAGCUGAUAAUGAUGAAAUGAUUGAAAUAGCCCCAAAUAUUUUAGUCGAGAAUAAACAAGCUGAAUGUUCAAAACAAAGUACAUAUACAUAUAUAAUAUGAAUAGAUCUUUUUUUUUUUUUUAUAAAACUUAUAAAUUAUUUAGGUAAACGUGUACAUAACGAAAAUUCAAAUGGAGUCGCUAAAAAGAAACGUAUGGAAACGAUUACAUCAUCGACAUUUGUUGAAACAAAGUCAGCGUUUGACGGAUUGUGCAAAGAAUAUUUUAAAAAAAACCCUGAUUGUAUUAAAAAAGUUAGAGAUUUUUUAGACAAUUCAAAGCCAGAGAUAUAUGCUAUACUAAUCAAUUCAAUUAAAAACUCUCCUGUAAAGUAUAAUAUUAAAUUAGAGGCCACAUAUAUUAUACCUAAUACAGAUACGAAAGAAAAUAGAGCAUUUAAAACAAGAUCAAGAUCAUUAUUUCAAUCAGACGAUGUCAACAAUGUUUUAGAAUCAGAUUUUAUUGAGAUCUUACAAGAACAAGAAGAUAUGGAACUUAAGGGCAGUGGCUUUUCAUUAGAGAGUAUAGACGGUAUUAUAUUAAACGUAAAUGUAUAUAAACCAUUAGGAGGUUCGUCUUAUAUACCACUUCCGGCAUUUAUAGAGAGGAAAAAGGCAACAAUUAACGUUUUAAACUUUGACGAAAAAUGCUUUAAAUAUAGCAUUUUAGCCAAACUAGUAAAUCCUGUUCAUGCUGAAAGAAUAGGAUCUAAUUAUGUUGAAGUAGAGAACAGGUAUAAUUUUAAAAAUGUAAAUUUCCCGGCUUCAUUAAACGAUGUUGUAAAAUUUGAAAAAACAAAUAAAGUUUCAGUUAAUAUAUAUAGUUUAAAAAACGGAGAGCUCAAAUAUAAAAAUAACGUAAAAAAAAAAAAUUCAAAAAGAAUAAAUUAUACCACAACAAAACCUGAACAAACUAUAGUUUAUCCAGUAAAAGUAUGCGAGGAAGAACUUGAUGAUCAUCAUGAUUUAUUAUUAUUUGGCGAUGGGACGGGAAAACAGCAUUAUUGUCGUAUAACAAAUUUAGCAAAGUUAAUCGGAGCGCAACUAACAAAAAACGGACACGCUAUGUCAUUAUGUAAACGGUGUUUUAAGACCUACUUUGGUGUUAACCGUUGCGGGGUUACCGCAGAACAACGCCUUAAUAACCACAAAUUAAAUUGUAAUAAAAAUAAGCCACUAAUACCAUUAUUACCACGUCCUAAUACGUACAUGAAGUUUGAAAAUUGGGAACGUACACGCAAACAUCCAUUUUCAAUUUAUGCAGACUUUGAAUCAAUAUUAGAAAAAAAUAGUAAUAAUGAUUCAAAUAAUACAAACAUUAUUCACCAUCAUGAUGUCAUGAGUUAUUGCUAUUAUGUCAAGCCGAGUGAUGAUAUACCAAAAGAAUUGUUAGACAAAUAUGAUAUAGAGAUGGGACCAGUUGUGUUCAGAGGAGAUUCGAGUUUUAACAGAGGUGAUGUUGCAAAGAAAUUUAUGGAAGAAAUUGUUAAAGUUGCCCUUAAAAUAGAAAAAAUAUUUAACGUCAAUGUGCCGAUUGUAAUGACUGAUGAAAAUAAAAAAAAUCAUCAAAAUGUCGUCGCUCAAGGAUCAUGUCCAUUAUGUAAAUCGAAAUUUAUCAAAACUCAAAAUAAUGCUGUUAAAGAUCAUGAUCAUUUGACUGGAAAGUACAGAGGGACUGUAUGCAGUAAAUGUAAUUUAUUAAUGGAAAAGCCUAGUUUCGUUCCAAUUUUUUUUCAUAACCUUUCCGGUUAUGAUUCACAUUUUAUUGUCACGCAGCUAGGUUUUAAUACAAAAUCGAUUACCGUUAUACCAAAUACCGAAGAGAAAUUAAUAUCCUUUACAAAAUACAUAUCAAAUACUUUUCAAAUUCGUUUUGUUGACACUUUUCGUUUUAUGUCAACUAGUUUGGAGAAACUGGUAAAUAAUUUAGCUAAAGGAGAUACAUUAAAAUUUAGAGAUACCAGAAGAGUGUUUAAUAAUAAUGAUAUUGAACUGGUAACCAGGAAAGGUGUAUAUUGUUAUGAGUAUACGGAUAGUUGGGAGAAAUUAAGUGAAACGGCACUACCAUCAAAAGAACACUUUUACAGUACAUUACACGAAUCGCAUAUUGACGAUGCAGAUUAUGAACAUGCAAUACGGGUAUGGGAACACUUUAAUUUAAAAACCCUUGGUGAAUACAGUGACUUGUAUAUCAAAGUUGAUGUGAUGCUUCUCUGCGAUGUUUUCGAAAACUUUCGAGACUUAUGUUUGGUUACGUAUGGUUUGGAUCCUAAUUACUAUUAUACUGCACCUGGGAUGUCGUUUGACUGUUGUUUGAAGAUAACUGAAGUACAGUUAGAACUUUUGUCGGAUUAUGAUCAAUUAUUAAUGACUGAAGCCGCAAUUCGAGGGGGUCUCACACAAGCAAGUAUGCGAUAUGCUCAGGCGAACAACAACAAGGUUCCCGAUUAUGACUCCACAAAGCCAGAUUCGUGGAUUGCAUACCUGGACGCAACAAAUCUGUUUGUACUGUUUUUUUUUUUUUUUUUUUACA